CCACCAUAUCCACAUCCUCCUCCAUCAUCUCCACAUCCUCCUCCACCAUAUCCACAUCCUCCUCCAUCAUCUCCACAUCCUCCUCCACCAUGUCCACAUCCUCCACCACCAUGUCCACAUCCUCCUCCAUCACGUCCACAUCCUCCUCCACCAUGUCCACAUCCUCCUCCAUCAUGUCCACAUCCUCCUCCAUCAUGUCCACAUCCUCCUCCACCAUGUCCACAUCCUCCACCACCAUGUCCACAUCCUCCUCCAUCAUGUCCAUAUCCUCCUCCACCAUGUCCACAUCCUCCUCCACCAUGUCCACAUCCUCCACCACCAUGUCCACAUCCUCCUCCACCAUGUCCACAUCCUCCUCCAUCAUGUCCACAUCCUCCUCCACCAUGUCCACAUCCUCCACCACCAUGUCCACAUCCUCCUCCACCAUGUCCACAUCCUCCUCCAUCAUGUCCACAUCCUCCACCACCAUGUCCACAUCCUCCUCCACCAUGUCCACAUCCUCCACCAUCAUGUCCACAUCCUCCUCCAUCAUGUCCACAUCCUCCACCACCAUGUCCACAUCCUCCUCCACCAUGUCCACAUCCUCCUCCACCA